AUGGAACCUCAAUCUACCCCCAUCAUCCAGAGAUAUGCCUUCCUCUAUACUUUCGCCGAUUAUGUCAAGGAACUUUCCGGUGACUACAACGAAGAACCAUCCAGCACUCUCCAUUCCUCAGCCAGCCAAAAUCAGCAACCCGUGCCAAGAAACAAACCAGGAUCAAUCUUUGGUAUCCACAAUGGACUGCUAGAAAUCAUGGAGCGGAUUUAUACCUUACACGUUGACGCAAAUGAAACCAAAACUUUGGAGUCCGAUUCCGUGGUAGAUGCUGUCGACAUAUGGAAUGAUCUUGAUCAAAUUAGGGACGGGUGUCAGCAAGACUCGUUGGAGGAUUCCAAUCUCCAGAUUGCCUGUGUCUGGGCCCUAUAUGUGUGGCUAUAUCUCAUCGUUCAUCCAAAAGGUGCUGGUAAUGAGAAAGCUCAAAUGGCUGUACGAAAUGGACUUGUUGCCAGUAAAGCUGUAGCAAACACAAAUGAUCUUCCUUUCUUGCUGCUACCUGCUUUCUGUCUUGGCUUAGCUACUUUGGAGCAAGAAGAUCGAUAUUCUGUGAUGGAGCUUUUUGGAAAGAUCGAUGGGUCGUUUGUGCUCAUUGACACCAAAAUUUAUCGUGAUAUUGUGGAAGAGGGAUGGCAAGAGUUGGAUCGUGGCAGUGAAAGGAGUUGGGGGUAA